AUGGUCAAUAUUACCGAGCGGAUCAAGGAGAUUGAGGCGGAGAUGGCCCGGACGCAGAAGAACAAGGCAACUGAAUAUCACCUUGGCUUGCUCAAAGGUAAACUAGCUCGAUUAAGAGCACAACUCCUAGAGCCUGGUCCAGGUGCAGGAGGAGGUGCUGGUUCAGGCUUCGAUGUUUCGAAAUCUGGUGAUGCCCGUAUCGCGCUUGUCGGCUUCCCUUCGGUCGGUAAAUCGACGUUCUUGUCGAAGAUCACGAAGACCAAGGCAGAGGUUGCAGCAUAUGCUUUCACAACGCUCACGGCCAUUCCUGGAGUGCUAGAGUAUGGCGGAGCCGAGAUACAGAUCCUCGACUUGCCUGGAAUCAUUGAAGGUGCUUCGGAAGGUAAGGGUCGAGGGAGACAGGUCAUCAGCGCCGCAAAGACUUCAGACCUAGUUCUCAUGGUCCUUGACGCAACUAAACGUGCCGAACAACGCCACCUCCUGACCGUAGAGCUCGAGGCCGUGGGCAUCCGGCUCAAUCGCUCACCGCCGAAUAUCUACCUCAAGGUCAAGAAAGCAGGCGGCAUGAAAAUCACAUUCCAGUCCCCUCCUCAUUACCUUGACGAGAAGAUGCUGUACAACAUCCUACGCGACUACAAGAUUCUGAACUGCGAAGUCCUUGUCCGCGAUGAGUACGCCACUGUCGACGACUUCAUCGAUGUAAUCAUGAAGGAGCACCGCACGUACAUCCGUUGCUUGUACGUCUACAACAAGAUCGAUAGUAUCAGUAUGGACUUCCUGGACCAGCUUGCACGAGAACCACAUACGGCGGUGAUGAGCUGUGAAAUGGAUCUGGGAGUUCAGGAGGUUGUGGAGCGUUGUUGGGAAGAGCUGAGGCUGAUAAGGAUCUUCACGAAGAGGCAAGGCGCGGAGCCGGACUUCGGUGAGGCGCUGAUCGUGAGGAGUAACAGCAGUAUCGAGGAUGUGUGUGAUGCAAUCCAUCGCACGCUCAAGGACACCUUCAAGUAUGCUUUGGUGUGGGGUGCGAGCGCAAAGCACGUGCCGCAACGAGUUGGACUGGGGCAUAUGGUGUCGGAUGAGGAUGUGGUGCAGAUCGUGAGCAGCUGGAAGGCUUGA